CCAUUUUGCCGACACUUUCUGUAAAUCACCUCCUGAAAUCGACGGUUUCGGUCCGACCGACCGCACAGCUUCAGAUUCAGCGCACCCCGAACGCAAUAUGUGCACCAAAUCUUGAGGAAAGAUCAAGGAAAUUCUAACAGGGUGAAAGCUUAACAGUAAUGGCGCCGAAUAUCGCGUACCUUUUCAAGCGGGAGGCGCCCGCCCCCGAAAUCGAACCCGAGCAGGCCACCAACGCGCCCCAACUACCCCCCGUCCCAGAGGGGAUGCCCGUUGAGGCGUCCGCCGCACCGCCCGUACCACCACCGUCUUCCGGUGCGGUCCCGCCGGCCGGAUCGUCCGUACCGGACGGAUCCCCGCCUCCGAUCACGAAAUUGGAAAACUUGAAGCCCUCGAACAAUUUCUUCGGCAACAAGAAGCUCCAUCCGUCUGGAGGCAAUUCGACGCCCCAUCCCGAAACUGUUAAACCGACCAAUGAAACGUCAACGUUUACCGGACUGGUCAAAUCGGCCGAAAAUCUAGGCGAACAGGUUGGAAUCGAACCAUGGCUUCUGGUGACCAUUUUAAUAGGUGUUUGCGUUAUUAUUUUGGGCAUUUGCUUCUGCUGUAUAAGACGAUGCUUCCGAAAACGAAGGGCAAAAGAUGGAAAGAAGGGCAUGAAAGGUGUGGACUUGAAAUCGGUGCAACUGUUAGGUUCAUCAUACAAAGAGAAGGUACAACCUGACAUGGACGAACUGACCGAAAAUGCUGAAGAACCGGACGAAGGUGAAAAGCCUGAAGUGCAGAAACUUGGCAAGCUGCAAUACAAGCUGGAGUACGACUUCAACCAAAACAGUCUCUCGGUGACCGUAAUCCAAGCGGAAGAACUUCCGGCUUUGGACAUGGGAGGCACAUCCGAUCCCUAUGUUAAAGUCUAUCUCCUUCCUGACAAGAAAAAGAAGUUCGAAACAAAAGUCCACAGAAAAACCUUGAAUCCUGUAUUCAAUGAAACGUUCGUCUUCAAGAGUAUACCGUAUGCUGAUGCCAUGAACAAAACACUUGUAUUCGCGAUAUUCGAUUUCGACAGAUUCUCGAAACAUGACCAGAUUGGAGAAGUGAAGGUGCCUCUUUGCCAGAUCGACUUGGCCCAAACAAUCGAGGAAUGGCGCGAGUUGCAGAGCGUUGAGGGCGAGGGUGGUCAGGAAAAUAAGUUGGGAGAUAUAUGCUUCUCCCUUCGAUACGUACCGACUGCUGGAAAAUUGACCGUUGUGAUUUUGGAAGCUAAGAACUUGAAAAAGAUGGACGUCGGCGGAUUAUCUGAUCCAUACGUUAAGAUUGCUUUGAUGCAGAACGGAAAGCGACUGAAGAAAAAGAAGACCAGCAUCAAGAAAUGCACUUUGAACCCGUACUACAAUGAAUCGUUCACUUUCGAAGUACCGUUUGAACAAAUUCAAAAAGUAAAUUUGCAAGUGACAGUGGUGGAUUACGACAGGAUUGGCACAUCGGAACCUAUCGGCAAAGUAGUACUGGGUUACAACGCAAGCGGGACCGAACUGCGCCACUGGUCUGAUAUGUUAGCAUCACCUCGCAGACCGAUCGCACAGUGGCACACACUGAAGGACCCUGAGGAUGAAAAGAAGGACUAAGAUGUCCUGGAAACAUAACAACGCAGAAAUAUUUAAGACAAUUUACGCAGAUAAUGGUUACCUAGCAUGAAUAUCCCUCGUUUUUAAACUAUGGUAUAAAUGUAUAGAUGUUAUAUUUUAUAAUAUUUAUUCAUUCAAAUCUAUUUACUUUUUAACAUAUGAAUGGAGUAACCGUUAUAUUUAACCGUAAUUAAGGAAACUUAUCGUUGAAUAGCUUGAUUAUCAUAUAACUGGUCCUAUGUGUUAAGGUUACUCUUAAUGCCUUCAACGAACAUCAACUCAUUGUCAUAUCCCAUUUUUUUCUGUAAAUAUGUCUUUUACUUCCACAGUAGAUGUAAAGGAUAACAGAAACAGUAUUGCUAUCAAAUUCAUUUAUCCAAUUUUCUUUCUAAUGUUGACGCAUAAACGAUUUUUUUAUCCCCUGAACGCUAACGUAUUCAACCACAUAACCCAGCAUCAUUUUUAAUACUUCACUUUCAUCUUUCAUUGUGAUAGCUUAACCUUAGACUUAUCAUGAAACUAGUUUGAUGAAGUAUUCCAAAUUAAAGCCUUAUAAAACUUUUCUUGAUAAUAAAAGCGUUAAAAUCGUUUAUGAGGGACACCUGACGUGUAUUUAUGAAUAUAUAUAUAUAUAAAUUCUAGAUAUAGAGUGUUAGAAAAAUUAUACAGACAAUAGAAAGAAUAAUAGCUCAUAGAUCAAAACAUGUAUAAUGUUUAGCUUUGUUUUGAUACUUGCACAACCAAUUUGUUAGAAAUUAGUAACAAUCACAUUGUAAAACAUUUCAUGCAUAUAUUGUACAAAUUAGCAAUGUUGAUCGUUAUUAUUUUCUUUAUAUACUCUUUGUUAAUUAUGUAUUUAAGAUCGGAACAUCUGAAACUGUUUCAAUUCCAUCCCUUCAAACAGCUUUGCUUCUACUACUACAGUAAUAAUAGUGAUCGAUUGAAGUUAAACAGUUUGGGGCGUUCCAUAUAUAAAUUUGUUAUUGUUUUCGUUACUGUACAGUUUAAAGAGAAGUUUUAUUGCGUUUUUUUUAUUAUUACAUUUAUGGACUGUAAUGUUCGUUACCAGGCUCAGUCAUCAUUAUUCUAAGAUAGGAUUUCUGAGCUUCUCGAUCGAACCGUGGAGAUCUAUUUGUCCUAGUUUUGAUAGAGUAGACCAUCCGAACCAAAUGUGUCUGAAGUACAUGCUGUAGAACAUGAAUUAAUCUAACAGUUGAUUAGAAUAUAAAUAGACAAACAAGUAUUAAACUGGAUUAGAUUAAUUUAAUGGAAUCACUCUACAAAAUACUGAUAUUAUCUUAUCUUCCUUUUUCCUGUUGUACAUAUAUUUAUAUAUCAUGUUAAAAUGUUGUGUAUAUUAAGAAAAAUGAAAUAUUUGAAACAUAAUAAGAUCGUUGUCGGCCCCAUUUUUUCCGUAACAUUUCCACAUCUUAUGCAUUAAGGGCCCAAAUUUAAUAAAUUUAGUUCUACAUAAAAAUACACAAGGUAGCACAUCGCAGGAAUCUCAUUUUGAAACUAUACUGCUUCAGAAAAUAAAUGUGACAUUGUUGCUUAAUGUCUUAUGAUUAUAAUAAUACAGUUUCAAACUGAGGUUAACAUAAACUGUUAAAGGGACUGUUCAAUUGAUGAAAAUGUAUUGCACUAUAAGGCUUUAUAAACUGAAUGGCAAUAUUAGGAGAUUGUAUAUUAAUUAGAUGACGUGAUUAAAAGAAUCAGAGUGUUAUCAUGUAUAUGCAUUGAUUGUAAUAAUAAAUGUUAAUCCAAUCGUUGAAAACAUUGUUUUGAUUAUCAUACGCAUUAUUAUCCAUACACUUUUACAAACAUGCAUAUAUUUAAUACAUUGUAACUGUUAGUUUAUAGUUUUUAGCAUCGCCAGCUCCAUUUUUUAGAUCUGAUUACAUAAAUGGCCUGUUUAAAUAAUGAUAAUAAAAUAUAUUUUAAAACGAACACAACAGUGCCGAUCUGGAUAAUUCGAAAUAACGGGUCGUUUACUGUGGUACAACUAAAUCAUUGGGUUGGCUUUGGUUUUUUAGUUGGAAUAAACAAAGUACUAUCAACAGCUUUAUCCAGAUAGCUAUAGCUAGCACUUUAUUAUAAAAAAGUCUAUAGUUACUUUUUAAAUGUUAAAAUGAACAAUAAGUAUUGAUAAUAUUAUAUUGUGAAACAAUGUGACAACCCUGCUCUUGUUAAGUAGACAAAAAAAAUAAAUCAUAUCACUCGUCCUGUUGAUAA